GUUUGUCUACUCACGGGUGGUGUUACAAUGUAAUUGAUUAACUUUUAACAGACAAUUAGGUCAUACAAUGACUAUAAUUGAUUCAUACGUAGAAAUUAAUAUUUUCUUGAUUAUUUUUUUUAAUUAUUCUUUUUUUUUUUUCAAGGUAAGAGAGUAAAAAAUCUUAAGUUUUUUUUUAAAAGGGAUUAAGCGUUAAUAUAAAUAGAGAAAAGCGAGCAUUGUGCGAAAUCAAUUCAACUGCUUUUGAGUGAAUAAUUAAGCUUUAAUACUUCGAACUCCCUGAAUUUCUUACAAGUUCCUUUUUUCUCUUAACUUUUAAAGUUUUUAUUUAACAAAAUUGCUUCGUUUUUUCGUUUUCUGAAUAUUCUGUUGAAAUUUUGAUUAAUCUAUUUUAUGUGCAGUUUUUACUAAAAAUCCCUCAUCAGCAACCCGGUGUCUACAGUUUUGUCACGCUCAGUAGCAUCUUCAAGGUGGUAAGAAAAAAUGAAACUCCUGCAAAUCAUCUUCUCUCUCUUCCUGGUCUUUUUCCCGACCUCAAAUGGGGCCCUGACCGGAAAUGAAAGUGCAGCAAAUGCAGCUCCCUUGCCUGUCGUCCUGUGGCACGGGAUGGGCGAUUCUUGCUGCUUUCCCUUCAGUUUGGGAAGCAUAAAAAAAUUGGUUGAGCAACAAAUUCCUGGGAUUCAUGUUGUUAGCCUGAAAAUUGGAAAGUCCCUCAUUGAGGACUAUGAAAGUGGAUUUUUUGUUCAUCCAGACAAGCAAAUUCAGGAAGUUUGUGAGUCCCUUCAGAACGAUCCAACACUCGCAAAUGGAUUCAAUGCAAUAGGAUUUUCUCAGGGUAGUCAGUUCCUGCGAGGUCUUGUGCAACGAUGUUCUUCUAUACAAGUAAGGAAUCUCAUUUCCAUUGGAGGACAGCAUCAAGGGGUCUUUGGUCUGCCCUAUUGUCCUUCGUUGAGCAGAAAAACUUGCGAAUACUUUAGAAAGCUCCUGAAUUAUGCAGCUUAUGAAAAGUGGGUACAGAAACUCCUAGUUCAAGCCACCUACUGGCAUGAUCCUCUUAAUGAGGAUGCAUAUCGGACUGGAAGCACUUUCCUUGCUGAUAUAAAUAAUGAGAGAGAAAUCAAUAAUGACUAUAUUAAUAAUAUUAGAAAGCUAAAUCGUUUUGUGAUGGUAAAGUUCCUCAACGACAGCAUGGUUCAGCCAAUUGAAUCUAGUUGCUUUGGAUUCUACGCUCCAGGAAGUGAUACAGAAGUUCUCCCAUUAAAACAAAGCAAGAUUUAUUUGGAAGAUCGUUUGGGACUUCAAUCAGUACCGAUAGAUUAUCUAGAAUGCGAAGGAGAUCAUUUGCAAUUUACAAAAGAAUGGUUCAUAAAGUUUAUCAUACCCUAUUUGAAGCAAUAAGAGCUGCAAUGUAAUUGAUUAAAAAAUGUUAACCAUUUCAGGAUGAUUGGGUGACCCCUUAAAAAUAUAAAUGAAAAAAUCUACAAAAGAAAUAAAUUUUUAUAUUGAUCCCAUAAAAA